AUGGAGAUUGUUAACCAGCUAGAAGAACUGGAGAGAACUGGAAAGAAGGAGCACGUGGUUUUCCUAGUUAGCAGUAAAACUGAUGCUUCCUCAAAGGCCCAGAUCCUUCAUUCUUUGACUGAUGAACCUAAUACCACCGUCGGGAUCAAAAAGUCUGAUCAUGAAAAGAAAACAAAGAUCAGUUUCACCAUGCCCAGGAGUCACUGGCAGACAUCAAAGGAGUUGGUUCACAUCGGAAAAGGCAAAUCAUUGAAGAAUUUUGAACCUGUGUAUCCCAUGAAGCUCAAAAUUGACCUGCAGACUUUCUGCCAUGCUUUCCCUUUCCAUGUAGUCUUUGAUGAGCAGCUGGUGGUGCAUCAGGCUGGAGUGAAUCUCCAAAGGACUGUCCCUGGGCUGCAGAUUGUGAAUAUCCAUUUAGAUGAGUACUUCAGCAUUGUGCAUCCUGAGGUGACUUUCACAAUCUCCAGCAUCCGGAAGUUCAUCAACAGCCACUUUGUCAUGCAGACUCGCAGGGAAAUGAUGCCUGAGGCAUGGAAAGGCCGGCCUAUGCUUCAGCUCAGAGGUCAGAUGAUCUGGAUGCCUUCUCUGCGCUGCAUGUUAUAUCAAGCCUCUCCUUUGCUGAGAAGCCUUCAGGAGCUGGAGGAAAUGCACAUGCACAUUUCUGACAUUGCACCCCAUGAUGUCACCCGGGACCUUAUCCUACUCAAUCACCAGCGACUGGCUGAAAUGGAGCUAUCCAGUCAGCUGGAAAGGAAGAAGGAAGAGCUCCGCAUCCUGUCCCAGCACCUUGAGGAAGAGAAGAGAAAGACAGAGAACUUGCUGUAUGCCAUGCUGCCUAAGCAUGUAGCCAACCAGCUGAAAGAGGGCAAAAAAGUAGAUGCAGGAGAAUUCAAGGAAUGCACCAUAUUGUUCAGUGAUGUAGUGACAUUUACAAAUAUCUGUGCCAUGUGUGAACCCAUUCAAAUCGUUCAUAUGCUUAACUCCAUGUACCUGCAAUUUGACCGACUCACCACUGUGCACAAUGUCUACAAGGUUGAGACCAUAGGGGAUGCCUAUAUGGUGGUAGGUGGGGUUCCUAUACCUGUCUCCAGCCAUGCUGAGAGGGUGGCCAACUUUGCUCUGGGCAUGAUUAUAGCUGCCAAGGAGGUUAUUAACCCCAUAACUGGAGGACCCAUUCAGAUCCGUGUGGGUCUCCACAGUGGUCCUGUAUUGGCAGGUGUAGUUGGGGAAAAGAUGCCACGCUACUGUCUUUUCGGAGACACUGUCAACACUGCAUCUCGUAUGGAGAGUCACGGCCUCCCCAACAAGAUCCAUUUGAGCCCAACUGUAUACCAGGCUUUAAAGAACAAAUGCUUUGUCAUCCAGAAACGAGGAGAGAUAGAGGUGAAGGGAAAGGGGAGUAUGACCACUUACUUUCUUGAAAGAAACACCGGAGUGAGCGAGCAGCAGAUUAUGGGUCUCUGUGACCUGGAGGCCACAGACGGAGAGGACAGCAGCCAGGGAAGCUACCAGCCAGGUUUUGAAACAAAGCAUAAAGAUGAGCCUUUCUUGAUCCCAAUGAAUUACAAAGACAGUCCAAGUGAAUCUCUGCCAUCAUCAAAUAUGUCUGAGAUUCAAAUCCGCCCAAUUCUCAAGCCCUCCGACUCAGAAAGCUAUGGAAGCCUCGAAACUGAAAACCAAUCAGAGGAUGGAGCUCCUGACCAGUGUGAUAAAAAUCGGUCUGCUGGCUCACUCACUAAGAGCCCAGUCUACAUUGGCCUAGAUGAAGAGGCCAACCUGUCACCUGUCGCAGGCCACAGAGGCUCAGUUCAUGUCUGA